AUGACUGAUGAACUUCUAGCAAUUACUGAUGAAUUAGAAGAUGAUGCUGAAACCCAGUGGGAUGAGUAUUUGCCCUUCAAAAUCUUGGAUGAUGAUAGUCGUGAAUUGACUCCAGUUGUAGGACAUACAAUGGUAGAAUGUAAUAAAGCACUGAUUAUAUGGGGUGGAUAUUAUCAUGCAGAAGAAGAUGAUAUUCGUCAUCGUUCAUCAUCUUUCUUACAUAUUCUACCUGCAGGAUUAUUGGCAGAUUCGAAGAGAAUAAAAUGGAUUCUUUACCAUGUUCCUCGUGGCGAUGUACCUCCAUCCACGAGUGGCUCUUCAGCUGUAUUAUGUGACUCUCAACUUUUCAUUUUUGGAGGUUAUAUGAAACAUUCGGUUCCAAAUAAUGUUAUGGAAGGUCAUUCAUCAAUGAUGUAUGUGUUAGACUUGAUAGAAGAAAGCUGGUCGUUGUUCAAAACAAGGGAGAAAAAUCUCAUUCCAACACCGCGGGACAAAAUGGUCGGAUGGUGUCACGGAAAAAAAUGCUAUUACUUUGGUGGAUAUGGGCCCCGCCCUUUCGAUAUGCCAAAUCCGACCUUGUAUUUAUCAAAUUCCGGUGACUUUGUUCCUGAUGAAUCCAGUACUUUUUACUGGAAUAACCAACUACUGAUUUUUGACCCAGAUCCAUCACAGAAGCUGAACUGGUCUCUUGCUGUAGUAGGAGGAACAGUGCCUUCACCUCGUGCGGCCUGUGCAAGUACUUAUUUGGCAAAAUAUAAUAGCAUCUUGAUUUUUGGUGGUCGAAUCAGGAAUGACAGACUUAAUGAUUCGUAUAUGCUUGAUUUAUCAACUCUUAUUUGGUCGCAAAUUCAGGUCCCAGGGACAUCCAUACCGCAAGGUAGGACAUGGUGUUCUCUUAAUGCGAACUCUCCAGAUCAAGCUGUGCUGUAUGGUGGUUAUUCUAGCGCGGAACGUACACUUAGUGACUUCUGGAAAAUACAAGUGACAAAAAACAAAGUUGGAAAAUAUGAAGGGGAAUGGACUUCAUUAAAUUUGGGAAAUGAAACGCAAGCCAGAUUGUGGCACACGGGAGCUAUAAUCAACGGGAAACUUUUCGUAUGUGGUGGAACAGACGACAUAAUGGAACAGCAUAUUAAAACGAGGGGCGUAUGGAGAAGACGUGUUAAGCCGAGUUCUCUGAUGGAUAUAUGUUUGAGUUAUCUAAAUGCAACGAUCGUAGAGAUCAGCAUGAUACCUUAUACGCUGCAGAUACGUAUGGCUUGGACACGUUACCUCACAUCUGAAGGUGCUGACGCAUUUCACUUAGAUACUAGUUCUUUCCAAGGACUGAAAUUAGCAGAUUUACUUAACAUGUGUCAGUAA